AUGUCCGAGGGGGAUACAUCUAUGAAUAUGAAUAAUUUGAACCUGGAUCCGACCGAUUUCUUGCAACAACAUCAUCAUGCAGGCAACCUCGGAUCCAUGGAUCGGGCACUGUCAGCCUCGCAGGUCGAUCAAAAUUUGCCCGAUACAUUAAUGUCGGAGAUACUACAGGAUAAUUUAAUGAUGGACUUUGAUGGUCUACCUGAUAUGAAUAUGGAUCUGAAUACUCUCGGCGACAAUGGCAAUAUUCCGAAAUCUUUUACAUCACUCAACAUGAUGUCGCCCGUCGGGAAUGAACACACCGAUGAUGGGAGAAGGGGAGGAACAAAUGAUGGCGAUGCCCAGAUUGAAGAAAUCGGGGCGGGUCCUUUACCUGCAGGCUUUGGUGCCCAACCACCGAAUACAAGUAACAGCUCAGUCAAUGAUUUCACGAGACGAAGAAAUUGGCAACAAAAGGUAGUUGAAGAGAUCAAGGACUUUUUGCACGUCCUGACCCCUUUCGGAAAGUUCGUUUUUCUUUCGCCUAGUUGUCAAAGCCUCACUGGAUAUGCCGCAGAGGAGCUUCAGGGGAAAUUUAUCGUGGAUUACAUACAUCCAGAUGAUAGUGCAAUGUUUGUGAGGGAGUUCAAUGAAGCCAUUGCAUCAGGUAAUAAACUGCGAUUCUAUCUUCGAUUUCGCAAGAAGGACGAGUCCUACGUAAUAUUCGAGUGUCACGGACAUGCCCACUAUGCAUCAAGGCCGUCGCCAACCGCAGCUGUCCCGAUUCCAGAUCCAGAUAUCCCACCUAGAGAAACGGCGGAUUAUUGUAGAGGCUUUUUUAUGAUGGCCCGGAAAUAUCCAACAAAGAACGCCCUUCUACUGGAUUCAUUCUUGGAACAUAAAACCGAGUUUGAGCGAAUGUCAAAGAAAAUCAGGGAUCUCAAGAGAGAAGAGGAAGAAGAAUUCGAAGAUAGUGAAAGAAACUGGACGCAUCGACAACCAUCAGACUCAUCUGAGACGAUGACUACAGCCAUGAGCGCAUCUCAACCUGCGGACCCGAACCAUCCUGAUGUCCUAGCGAUGCCUCCUCCAGCAAGACCGGAUAUGUCGUAUAGCACGUUGACAAAAGCGAAUCUUGAGGAUGCGAUUUCUAGUCGACAACCCGAUUCUAUCAAAGAUAAAAUGCAACGAUAUGAGGCUGUUGAUACUGUAGAAAUGCUCACCGGGUUACAAUAUCGAGAUGGUGAAAGAAGUCAGGGGAUUAGCACCGGCGCUCGCAGUCCAGCUUUAAUUCGAGGCGAUGUUGGAAUUGCCAUACCAAUUGACAAGGAUGGCCGUCUAGGGGAUAAGAAAAAGAAGAUGAAGCUAGCAGAUGAAUAUGUUUGCGCAGAUUGUGGUGUUAUGGAUUCACCAGAAUGGCGCAAAGGUCCUAAGGGUCCCAAGACGCUCUGCAACGCCUGCGGACUUCGCUGGGCAAAGAAAGAAAAGAAACCACAGGCAGGGUCGGCACCAGCGCCUCCAAAUACUCUCACGGGACCUUCCCCGGGCCCUUGA